AUGGCGGACAAGGAAGCGACAGUCUUCAUUCUGGACCUUGGCGCGUCCAUGGCCAGGACGAAUGGCGGCCGCACCGAGUCGGAUCUGGACUGGAGUAUGCGCUAUAUAUGGGACAAAAUCACCGAUAUCGUGGCCGCAAACCGCAAAACGUUGUGCGUCGGCAUCGUCGGCCUGAGGACCGACGAGACAAACAACAAGCUGCAGGAAGACGACGGAUACGACAAUAUCUCGGUCUUACAAGAGCUCGGCCAGAUGACCAUGUCGAACCUCAGGCCUCUCCGUACAUCCGUCGUCCCGAGUAGCACUGGGUCAGGCGACGCGAUAUCAGCCAUUGUCGUGGCCGUCGAUAUGAUUGACACAUUCACCAAGAAACUCAAGUGGAUCCGCAAGGUCAUCCUGGUCACCGAUGGCCAGGGGAGUCUGGAUGCCGAUGACAUGGGCGAUAUAGCCAGGAAGAUGAAUGACUCCAGGAUACAGCUGACUAUACUGGGUGUGGACUUCGACGAUCCAGAGUACGGCUUCAAAGAGGAGGACAAACCGCCAACCAAGGCCGCAAAUGAAGCGACGCUGAGGAAUUUGGCCGAUGCGUGCGAAGGCGGAAUUUUCGCCACCAUGGCCGAGGCAAUCGAUGAGCUCAACACGCCCCGAGUCAAGGCCGUCAAGCCUUUCAAGACCUACGAGGGCCCCCUCAUUCUCGGAGAUGCCGAAAAGCUCCCUGCCGCGGUCAACAUCAACGUGGAGAGGUACUUUGAAACGCAUCUUGCGCGACCCUUGGCCGCCAGCACGGUGGUUUUCAAAUCCGAGCAGGCUACGGGCACCCAAUCAACCCAGACGCUCGAAGACGAGGCCACGGACGGAGCCUUGUUUUCCGCUGUGAAGCAAGCUCGGGCAUACAAGGUCAACGAUCCCAAUGCCCCCGGCGGCAAGCGAGAUGUCGAGUUCGAGACGCUCGCCAAGGGUUACGAGUACGGAAGGACGGCGGUGCACAUCAGCGAAUCCGAGCACAACAUCACCAAGCUCGAAACACAAAAGUCAUUCGCCAUCAUCGGGUUCAUCCCCUGCGACAAGUAUGAGCCAUUUCUUAGCAUGGGCGAAGCAUGCAUCACUCACGCGCGACGAAAUGACGCAAAGUCGGAGCUGGCAAUGUCUUCUCUUAUCUGGGCGCUCAUGGAACUGGAAUCAUUCGCCGUCGCUCGCCUCGUCGCCAAAGAUGGCAAAGAGCCCUUGCUUGUGCUGUUGGCACCGCACAUUGAGCCCGGCCUGGAGUGUCUGUACGACGUUCCUCUGCCGUUCGCAGAAGACCUCCGUAGCUAUCGGUUUCCGCCGCUCGACAGGGUCGUAACGGUCAGCGGCCAAACGCUCACCAAGCACCGCUUGUUGCCUUCCGACGAGUUGAACGAGGCCAUGAGCGACUACGUAGACGCCAUGGACCUCUCCACGUACGGUAUAGACGGAGAAAUGGGCUCCGCCGAGUACGCGUCGAUCGACCAAACGUACAACCCGUCGAUCCACCGUAUCAACCACGCGGUCAGGGUGCGCGCCGUGCACCCUGAGAAGCCGAUUCCCGAAACCCCGAGUGCGCUGCUCCAGUUUUCCUCUCCGCCCAAGGAUCUGGUCGAGCGGGUUCAGAGCAGGAUAGAUGCCUUGAUCAGGGUGGCCGAAGUGAAGAAGGUGCCACCGAAAGCCAAGGGCCGACGCCGUAGAGAGGCCGUCAAGCCCAUCUCGGGGCUGGAUGUCGACGCGCUGCUCGGUGAGGAGAUGAAAGGCCAGGUGUCUCGAGAAAACCCUAUCCCAGACUUCAAACGGGCGUUAGCCUCGACCGAGGAGAUUGGCGAGAUUGAAGAUGCGGCAAAACAGAUGGGCACCAUUGUGCGGUCGCUCGUCACAGACAGCUUUGGCGACAGCAAGUACGCCCAGGCGGUGGAGUGCAUCGGGGCCAUGCGGGAGGAGCUGACGAACCUGGAAGAGCCCGGAGUGUACAACUCGUUCGUGCGCAACUUGAAGAAGGGACUGUUGUCCGGGGCGCUUGGCGGAGACCGGAGAGACUUUUGGUUCGUGAUACGGUGGUCGAAGCUCGGGCUGAUUGACAAAGACCAGUCAGAGGUAUCUGAUGUCUCGCCUGAGCAGGCAGAAGAGUUCGGCAAAGCCCAAGGCCAAAGUGGCGGCCUGAGGUGCGGAAGCCUCAUGGCAGCCGCGCAGCUGGCCCUGCUGCAGGAAGUCUUGGGCAAGAAAGUCAGUCUUGGCGACCCUUCAGACCUGCUCGAGGAAGCUCGUGAGACAGCGACCAUGGAGAACAAAGACGAACCGAGCUGGGAGACGUGGCAGUCAAAGGACGAGUGGUCGACCGCGGCAAACAACGCUUGGAACCGAGACCCGCCGAACGAGAAGACGAAGAAUCCUCCUCCGCCUUUCCAGGUAGCGCCUCCGGUCAGCUUCAAUCUCGACUGCUCCACGCUUCGUGUCGGCGAGACAGUGGACGACCACGUCGCAUUUUGCCCAUGGAAGACCCUCAUUGCGUACCCGACCAUGUUUAUCGGGAAAGCAAACAAGCCUCGCGUUAGGCCAUUUUUCGACAGUAUCCUUGAGGAAAACAGCUGGGACUUCUUCUACCUGCACGACCCCCGGAACCCCAAGGAACCGGCACACCUGCUGGUGCCAACGGUCCAGUUCGAGGACUUUCUCCGACAGCUCAACAAAGAGCUCAACACGGCGCUCACGAUCCCACCUGGGAUUAAUAGCACCAAGUUCCGUCUCAAAUUUGGCAGCGGAGGCGUCCCCAAGCCUCGAUACCUGACGCACUCGGACCACGAGGAGGACCUGGAACGUAUCUCCCGACCGGCCAUCUCUGGCGCCGACAUUCAGGGGUUCAACGAGGCAUCCCAUGCGGAGCAAAACACCUUCGUCUUCGCGUUUGAGAGGAUGGCUAUGGAGACAAGCAACCCUGACAAAAAGCAGAAAGCACUGGAGAGAGCGAAGCAGAGGAUCCUGGACAGGCAAGGGAUGAUGAAGCAGGCACAGACUCUUCUUGGGCUCAAAGAAGUCAGCGGCGGCCCUCGAGCAGUCUUUGUCGGCAUGGAUCUCGAGGCACUCGAGGUGGCACCUCAUCCUGUUUCCGAAGUAGGCAUCGCCAUUCUGGACGCCAACGACAUUGGCAAUGUCCCGCCAGGCCCGAGUGGUUCCGACUGGUGGCAGUUCAUCAAGGCCUAUCACCUUCGGACCAAGGAGUACUCUGGGGUCACAAACCAUCGAUAUAUUGCGGGCUGUCCUGAUGCCUUUGACUUCGGCGCGAGCACGUUUCCGUCGCAGAAAGAACUGGUUAAUGCCAUCAUGUCGAUUCUGGAGCCAUACAUUGGUGGGAAAAGAGAACUCAUCUUUGUUGCCCACGACGCGAAGCAAGACGUUCGCUAUCUUUCCCAGAUCGGCCUUGAAGUCCACGAUCUGGCAGGCAUGGCGGGCGACAUUGAUACCAAGGAGUUGCACCGGGCAUGGCGUGGCUGCGACGACGGCAGAGGGCUGUGCGCAGUGCUCUCCGACCUCGGCAUCAGAUCGGCAAACCUGCACAAUGCGGGCAACGACGCGGUGUUCACCAUGCGCGGGAUGGUCGGCUUGGCCGUGGAGCAAGUGCGCAAGGACGAGGCCAAGGGAAGAGGAGAGGAAUAUGUGCCCGCCCUUUGGGCUGAAAACCCGAGGGGCGGUGCAGGCAGUUGA